CGCUAAAGCUUUUGUUAGCUUUGUUAAUAAUAUUGUUGGUUGCCAUAACAGUACUAAGAAAUUACUUUAAAUUGUCUAAUGUUAGACACAAAGAUUCUCUCUACAUUAUAAAAAAAUUAUAAUUUUAUGGACAUGUGAUUUAAUCACGUGACGACAUGUGUCACAUGAUUCGAUACGGAAGCAGUAAACGUCUUGUGUUUUUAAUCAGUUUUUAUAUAUCUAGCUAUGCUGUUAUUGGUCAGUGUAGAUUCCUAGUAGAAACAACGGCGGUAAAGACUGUUUGAGAAAUUAUUUGAGUUAACAUUAGUACAAAGAGUCGACAUGGGUGUGUCCGAACGGGAGGAUUAUUCUCUGUUACUGGACGAAAAGCUGCUCCGUUUCAUGGACCAGCUGGCGUUACUAGAGGAGAAACGAGCCACUCUCAACUCUCUCAUAGAGCAGGGAUGGUUUUCCAUGUCCAAGGCUCGAUAUUCCAUGGGAAACAAACACGUCUCUGCACUUCAGUAUGCAAGUGAGAUCGAGCCACUGGUCUCUGUUCAUGCUAGAGCACUGGACAAUGGUGAGGUGGGUUUCUGCACAGAAAGGGUCAAACAAAAGUGUAGUAAUGAGACUGGAAAAGAUGCCAGGUUAAUAGAGGAUAUUGGACCUCAAGAAGAAGGUGUCAGGAGAAGAAUUAAACCAAAAAAGGAUAUCCCAGAGAGAGAGACAAGGGAAGAAGCUAUUAGUGAGAAAGUUCCUGAAGUAAGAAAAGGUGAGCAGAAUCCUCAGCAAGAUCCACUGAAGUGGUUUGGGAUUCUGGUGCCACAAUCUCUUAAACAAGCACAGUCGGCAUUCAAGCAAGUAAUAGAGUUGUCCGCUGAGAUUGCAACCCUUCAGACUGCAGUUCUGAACACCAGACAGGAGCUGAAGCACAGCAUGAAAGACAAACACAUUCUCCAGGCGGAAUCCUCGGCAGCCCAGUUGGACAAGGAGGCCGACUAAAUAACUCUGUUGAGUUGAAGCUGGAGAUGAUCUGUUAAGAGUGUAUAGCCACAGAGAGUGACAGGUUGGACUCAGUAGAUUAUGCAUCAAGGCCAAUCGAACUCAACAGCGACCCUCCCGGUGGAUUUCUAAAUAGAGAUUACAGAUAAUUCUGUAAUGACCAAAUAGUAAUAGAUUAUUUGUGACUGUCUCACUGAUAUGUGUGGCCUGUUUGAGAUGAAUGUGUUUGUGGAUUAUGUCUUUUAGGAUUUAAAAUAAAAUCUUUGUUGUAGACUGUAAGAUUAAUUUAUAAAUACACACAUAACCUG